UCCCACUUCGUUCCAUCCCCAAGUAAGCCUGCGAGCAAAUCAGACGAAACCCUCCUUGGCUUCCUCCCCUCCCCUCUCCUCCCCGAUCCCCCAUGGCCCAGGACGAGACCCCGGAGCCCUCCGCCACCGCAUCCGGCUCCUCCUCUGCCGCCGCCGCCGCCGCCGCCGCCGCCCCAGCCGCCCGCCUCAACGCCGCCGCGCCCGAGUUCACCCCCCGAUCCACCGCCCAGCACCACGGCAGCAACCCCCACCGCCGCGGGUCUCACCACUACCAGCAGCACCACCACCAGCCGCAUCACCACCACCACCACCUGCCGCACCAGCACUACCAGCCGCGGCACCAGCAGCACCACCAGGGCGGCGAGGAUGAGGGGAGCGCCGCCGCGGUGGGCGAGGAUAAGGAGGGGCCUGCGGGCGCGGGGCAGUCGCAGCAGCCCCGCCUGAACGAUGCCGAUGCACGGAAGGUCGUCAAGCAGGUGGAAUUUUACUUCAGUGAUAUCAAUUUGGCCACAACUGAACAUCUGAUGAAGUUCAUCGCUAAUGAUCCAGAUGGAUUUGUGCCAAUAUCUGUAGUUGCAUCUUUUAGGAAAAUCCGGGAGAUAGUUUCUGACAGAUCCUUGUUGGUUGCUGCAUUGCGCACAUCAUCAGAGCUGGUUGUUUCAGAGGAUGGGAAAAAGGUUAAACGCCUACGGCCCUUCAACACUGAAGAAGUUCAGUCACGCAUCGUUGUUGCUGAAAAUUUACCUGAUCAAAAGUAUCAGACUCUUAUGAAGAUUUUCUCGGAUGUUGGGAGUGUGAAAUCUAUACGUACCUGCUAUCCACAGGAUGGUGCUGCAGCUGGUGCUAGCAAAACAUCAAGGAUUGAGAUGCUUUUUGCUAAUAAGCUGCAUGCUUUUGUGGAGUAUGGGACCGUUGAAGAUGCUGAAAAAGCGGUUGCAUUCAGUGGUGAGGGAAAGUGGAGGGAUGGUGGGAUUAGAGUUCGCUCGCUGCUUGCCUGUUUGAAGCAUGGAUUGGGUCAAGGAAGGAAAGGUGGAGAUGAGUAUGCUGUGGAUGAAGAUGGCCCUGACACAACUGGCCACCCACAUGACUAUGGAACAGAUGAUACUAACCAGAUUUCCGAAGCACAUCUUGAUCAUCAGGCUGAAGAUGGCUACUAUGACAAGGGAAUGAGGCAAGUAAGAGGGCGAGGACGUGGAGGCAGAGGCCGCGGUCGUGGCCAGUACUACGGCCACAGCCGAGAUGCCCACCAUCCGAUUGGCACUCCUCCAUCAGAGCACCCAGCUAUCCCAAAGCCGCCCCCGGGCCCCCGCAUGCCGGAUGGCACAAGAGGGUUUACCAUGGGCCGUGGGAAGCCGCUCAACCCUAUCACAGAUGCUGCGCCUAUCACAGAUGCUGCCUAGUGGUUAUCCAUGCCUGUGACGGCCUGUUGCUCUGCUCAUCGUCAGUCUCGUACAAACCGUGACAGUGAUCCUUUGCUCAGGUUCUAAAACCGAUUGCUGUGGUGUGUUGGUUCAUUUUGAUGUGAGAUCUAAAAGAGAGAGAAAAAGAUAUGGCUGGUACCGUGGUACAUGCAUGUAUACCAACACCGGAGGUCUAAACAUGUGAACAUGUACUGUGAUAUGUAGUUCUUAAAGUAGAAAAAUCAUACUUGACAAAAAAAAGGAGGUUAUAUCAUUU